AUGUCGGUUAGAGGAAGAGUUGCCAUCGUCACCGGCGCUGGCGGGGGUUUGGGUCGGCUUUAUGCUUUGGAAUUAGCAAGCAGAGGGGCCAAGGUCGUCGUCAACGACUACGGCGGAACCCUAGACGGACAACCGGGCACUAGUGCUCGCGCACAAACUGUCGUUGAGGAAAUUAAGGCGGCUGGUGGCAUCGCAAUUUCAGAUGCCCGCGACGUUUCUUCUCCGGCUGAUGCCCAGGCUAUUGUCGCCGAUACUGUGAAGGAGUUUGGCACCGUUGACAUCCUCGUGAACAACGCCGGGAUUGCCGGCAAGAUGUCACCACAUGACGAUGUGGAUGCCAGUUCUUUUAUGAGAGUGCUUGAAAUUGCAGCCCUUGGAACAACACUGAUGACUAGCGCAUGCUACUCGUGGAUGGCGAAACAGAAGUACGGCCGAAUCAUCAAUACAUCUUCGAACGCUAUCUACGGGUUUGGCGCUGGAGGAGACUGUGCCUACAGUGCCUCGAAGGCUGCUGUGUUUGCCAUUACACGAGAGCUUGGUCGGUGGGCACCACGAGAUGGCAUUAAAAUUAAUUGUGUCAUGCCAUCAGCUGCCUCGAGAAUGGGAGAUCUGUCUGAGGGCACGAAGAAAGUUACACGGACUUACUUUAAACCAGAGGGGGUUGUACCUUUUGUCAUUAGUUUGGCCUCCGAAGAGUGCCCUUCGUCGGGUGAGGUGUUCACAGCGAGUGCAAACAGGGCAGCCCGGGAGACGUUCGCAACGUUCCCCGGUGCAAAGUCCGAUACGGCUGAGGGAUUUCUCGGGAACUGGGACAAAGUGAUGGGCCGAGGCGAGGAGCCGUAUCUGGCUGAUAAUACCUUAGCUCAUGUGAAGUAUGUCAUCCGGCAGGCUCAUGGCGUGGAGAUGGAGGACAUUGCAGAGUUUAGCAUUGUGACUAGAUAG